UCCCAGGAAAGGCAACCUUAAUGGGGUCUAAGUACCUUUGAACAUGGUGUCAAGAAGACCAGGGUUCAACUUACUGUAAUCUUGGCCAGAAUUCAAAAUGACAACAGUGACAGUGACCACAGAACUUCCCCCAAGAAAUAAGAGAGAAGAUAAUUCUGCCUUGUAUAAGUCUACUUCAGCUCACAUUAUUGAAGAAACUGAGUAUGUGAAAAAGAUUCGAACUACUCUGGAAAAGAUAAGAGCUCAAAUGUUCAAAGAUGAAGUUGUAUGUAACAGUACAAAUCACAAAGUAGAGAUGGAGCACUCUAAGAACAUUCAGAAUAUCUCAGACUCAAGAACAGACCCUCCCUAUCUGGAUUUGCUCAUGGAAAAAAUGAGAGGCAAAGACCUGCAGCUCUUAGAAAUGAACAAGGAGAAUGAAGUGUUGAAAAUCAAGCUGGAAGCAUCCAGAGAAGCAGGAGCAGCGGCUCUGAGAAACGUGACUCAGAGAUUAUUUGAGAACUACCAAACACAAUCUGAAGACAUGAGGAAAAAACACGAGGACAGUAAACAUUUACUUCAGGUUAACAAGCUUGAGAAAGAACAAAAAUUGAAGCAUCAUGUUGAAAAUAUGAGUCAAGUUGCUGAAAAACUUGAAGAAAAGCAUUGUCAAAUCAUAGAGUUGGAGAAUCUUAUACAAAGAAUGGAAAAGGAGAAUAAAAUACUCCUAGAAAGAAAAUUGUCUUUGGAAGGCAAGCUGCUGCAACUCAAAUCCAAUGCUGCAUAUACUAAAAGUUGCCAGGAGCUUCAGUGUAGUUUUUAUUUGUAUUUUCCUGAUAGCUAA